AUGAUAUUCCUGAUCAAUAAUUCGUAUACAGUUUGGUCAUCAAUAUUUGUCCUCAAUUACAAAAGUUAUGAAUCCGAUUACUUUAUUUUUGAGAUGAUUUUCGAUUGGACAACGAUUUUUCUCCAGUUUCUAAUUAUAUUUAGAACUUGUUAUAUCAUUUCAAAACAUCAAGUUUUCCAUAAAAAUCUAACGAUUUUGCUAGUUUUUCAAUUAUUGAUUUGGAUCGAAACAGUUUUCGCCAAAAUUUUAUUGCAACCUUAUUGGAGUGGUUAUCGAACUGUUGGAAAUCCCUUGAAAAUCUAUCAACAUUAUUGGACAGAAGAUAAAAAUGAGAUGGUGCCAAUCAAUAAUAUUUUGGAUGAAUGGGGGUUAUUCCUAUCCUCAUGCUUUUUCAUUCAUUAUUACGCCUCAAUGUUGUUUUUUGUGCUCACAGUUUCAAUUGAAAGAGCAAUUUCGUCGUAUUAUUUGAGUGAUUAUGAGAAGAAGCCGAGACUUCAUAUUUCAAUUAUUUUGAUUUUUUUGACAUUUAUCUUCUCGUGUUUUGUUGCUUAUAUUUUUACUAUCAAUUAUUUUUCAUUCGCCGCGUUUAAUGCGAUUAUUUUAUUUUUCGGGAUCAUUUCGAUGAGUGUGAGUACUUUUUCAAAGCUUCUCGAAAAAAAAAAAAUUUCCAUUCAAAAAAAUUUUAGCAAUAGCUUCGCUACCGCCCGAAAGCGAUAAACACACAGAAUACACGAAUAUAUAAAUUUCUUGUGUGACCGACGGUUGACGGGUUGCGCGCGCCGCCGCUGUUUGUGUGCAAAAGGGGCGGGGCUUUAUCGCUGCAAACCCAAGUUUUUGAGAAAUUAGAUUUUUGCAAUGAAUAUUGUUUGAGUUAGGAUAAUUUGUGCAUUUUUUUGUGUUUUCUACAAAGAUCAAAAGCAUUUAAAGAAAAGUUCAAAAUCCCACCAAUUAUUUUCAGCUUUACGUAUUUGUCUGGGCUUAUAAUCGUCGAAUCGGCCAUACAAAUUACUCACUUUCCCGACGAUUUCAAUGUUUCGAAAAUCUCAAAUCACUCCAAAAGGCAAAACGAGUUGUCACAACUUAUGCGAUCCUAACAUUUGUGGUUAACACAUCAUUCUGUGUUGUUUAUAUCAGUAUCAAUAAUGGUGUUUGGAAGUUUUUCAUCUAUUUUAUUGAUACUUUAACUAAUUUGUGAGUUAUCCUAACUUCAAUCAAAAUUCAAAAUGUGGUUUCUAGAAUCCCGGUGAUAAUCUGUCCUGUCACAUUAUUCUCAAUUGAUACUUGGAAACAUGCAGCUUUUCGAUUUUUCUAUAAUCGAAGAAGAACUCCGAAAGUUCGAGAGGAGAAUAUAGUUGAUGAUCAUAAGAAGCAUACAGAAUUGUAUUUUGAACAUUUGACCAAGUCUUGGAUUUAA